CGUGUGCAGUGCAAUGAUAGCAAAAGUCGCGUCUUCAAUGCCCAUUGCCUCGGUGGUCCAAAUCUCGCCGAAUUUCGAAUUUGGGCCGACGGAGGACUUCGCCGACCUGCCGAGGACCCCAACCGGACCAAGGACAUUGGCCAUGCACCCAAGGAGUCUGCAGCCAUCUUCAACAAAAUCCUCCAGCCCAGCAGCUCGUCCGUGUCCAAAACGGCAAUGUCACCGCCACGAACGGUCUCCUCGGCACGUCCCAGCCUUUCCCGCCAAGCCUCCGAAACUGCCGAGGCCCCUGCCCCCGUGCGGAGGCCGUUGCUGCGGAGGCAGCGUUCGGCCGACGACGACAGGCCGAUCACCCAACUGCUGCAUUCGGCGCUCAAAGUCACGGCCAGCGCCCUCGGACCGGGCAUUCUCGCCGACCAGUCGCCUCCACCGCCCCCGAAACCCUCCAAAGGUGGCCCUUUGAGGCCCGUCAGGGUCGCGUGGGCCGAGCUGAGGGGCAGAGAACCGCCCCUGCAGAGCCCCAAGUCCCCGACGUGCCUGCCCGCCCUCGCCAGGGCCAACAUCGACAUCUUCCUCGCGCACUCGGGUCUGGCCCAGUGCCUCGCCAACAUCGACCUGGGCCGCCAGUCGCCCAAACCCGUCGAGCCCAUGAAGGUCAGUCCUCGGGAGGCGCCCAUCAAGGCUGCGUUGACGCCAAUUCCCAGGACGCCGACCUUGGCUACCUCCAGAAGGGUCAACUUCAAAAGUGCCAGCAAAACCGUGAACAGGAGUUUCAACAAUGAGUCGCCCGAGCCGCAGAAACUGACGGUCCCUUUUACCGAGCCCAGAAAUGCGCGAAUUCUCUCAGCACCUGCCCACAGAACAGCUCCAAUUUUGACACCGCCGAGGCCUAUGUUAAGAUCUUUGCCCCGUCGAAGCCCGUUGAAUUCUUCGUUUGAAAGCGAAACUUCUACUGACACUAGGACCAAAUCAGCAACUUCAAAAAGACGUUUAAAAUCUGCUGGACGCAGCAGUGGUCGACGCAGCGGCGGUUUGCGAAAGGGCGACGACACCUCCGACGACGACGCGUGCGAGGAAUCGCCAAGCGCCCUUGCCCAGCACGCGAGACCCCUCGUCCUCGGGGUCACGCCGCCUCCAAAGGUGGGCAGACGUGGUCUGCAGUUCGGGGCGGAAAUCGUGACCAUGGUGUCGCUGAUCAGCCCCGCGCACAGCAGCGAUUCGGAGAGCGAAACUUCACCGGGGGCGCACCAAGUGGUGCCGGUUCCGAGCCUUCCAGAGGCGGCUCCGGCCUGGCAGGACGAAAAGUCGGAGAGGCCGCGAAACCCUCCGCUGGCCAUCGUGUGCGCUCGCAAAAUCAACAAAUCAGUCUCGUUCCAGUCUCGAAGCAGUUUACCUGAGCUCUUGAGGCGGGCGUCCAUUCAGCUGGUGACGCCGCCGACGAAAAGCGAGAAGGAAGAAGAGGGCCGCGCAAAAGAAGCCGAUGAAGCUGCGAUCAGCAAAAAGCCGGUCGAAGCGUCAAUUACCGCUGCGGGCAACAAGGAAGCCACUAAAGUCGAAAUACCUACGGCGCCUCCAGCCAACGGAAUAAUGAAAGCGCCCAAACGCAAAGUGGUCCGGGCCAAAAGUCUCUCGCGACAGAAUUCCAAAAACGAGAGCACCGAAACUUCAAAAGAGACAUCUGUUGACUCACAAAGCUCAAAUUCAAUCGACAGUGUCAUCAAAAAAGAGCCCGACAAGCCCAAAGAAGUCGUCACAACUUAUUAUACGGCUCCUGUGUCAAUCUUGAAAGCUCCAAAAGCGCCGCUGGCCAGCGCCGAGGAAAUAGAUCCGACCUUAAUUGAAGGGAGCCCAAAGUUUGAAAGUCCCAAAGAGCAAGAGUGCUGGCACUUGUAUCGCAAAAUGUGCGAAAAAGGACUCACAGUCUCUUUUGAUACUGUCCUCAGGGGAAUGCUCACACCAACCGAAUACCGACUCAGAAAGAGUGCUCUUCUUUCUUCGUGCUGAAGUACUAAAAUGUUAAUUAUUUGAGAUUUAAAUUUGUAUUUAUAGGUAUUUUAUUGUUUUGGUUGAGAGUAAAAUGAAAUUCCCUGUUUGGCCGUUAACCACGUUUAUUUCAGCAAUCUGGAAUGCUUAAAUAAAAUACAGGAUAUUUCAAGCAAACAGUGAUUUUACUGUUUUUCUUCGAUUCUUACACACUUUGCUAAUUUGUUACCACACCAAGAUGUUUUGAGUGAUCCGAGAUUUUCAUUUUUUAAUGAUGUUGAAGGGCAUGCCACUUGACUUUGAGAUAAUCACGAACUGUUAUGUAGAAAAUAUCAAAAUUUAUUGGCAAAAAGAUCGUCUAGCGCAUAUAUAAGUACAAAAGUUAAAAAAUAGCAUUGAUAUCAAUGAUUGAUGGUAGAUGUUGUGUGAAAUUGAGAGUCCCUCAUUUGUCAUGAAGUUUCCAUUGUCACGACAGGUACAACAGACAUUUCA